AAGAAAGAACUUGGUCCAUACGCAUUCGAGGACAGAAUGCCUGAGAGCAUGCUCAAGCGACUACGAACUGGCGAGACAACAAGACGAUUGAACCGUAUAGGCAGAGAUGGUCGAAUUCUUACAGAACGCAUCGUGGACAAUGAGGUUCCUGGACUCAUUCCUGUCAUCGCACGAAUCUGCGUUGCGUCAUCCAAUGACCUUCAGAAAGCCCACCUUUGCCAUCCAAGCGUCCAGCAUGUGCACAAGGGCACCAAUCCAGGCCAUUUCUGCGGCUACCGCAACAUUCAGAUGCUCGUAUCAUUCAUUCAAGGCACAAAAGUGCAAGGCCAUGAACACUUUGGGACCGAACUGCCUGGUAUUCUACAAAUACAGGACAUGAUCGAAGAAGCCUGGGACAGAGAUCCACAAAAUCUUGGCAAGCAGGAGACUGGGGGCAUUCGCAACACAAGAAAAUGGAUUGGCACUCCAGAGGUAGCUUCUAUCUGCAAGCAUCUAAAUCUCGAUCACUCCGUGAAGUCCUUUAGCGACACGAAAGCUGGCAGAGCACAUCAGCAGCUGCUCAACUUUGUCGAGAAUUACUUCUCGCAUGGUGCUGAAGAACCAAUCUCCAACUCCAAAGUACACAAAACCCAUCGUCCUCCGCUCUUCUUUCAGCAGCCAGGUCACUCCAUGACGAUCGUCGGGAUUGAGCGAUACAGCAAUGGCAGUCGCAGUCUUCUGGUCUUCGAUCCCUCAUUCGAGCCACCUAAACAGCUUGCGGAUUUGGUCACAAGAUCUUUAAGCGCUGCGAUACCUGCAAAAAUUGCCAGCCGCCUCCUCAGACCCUACCGACGCGGUGCUGUCCAGCUUGCUAGAUAUGAUGAGUUUGAGAUAUUGACGUAA